CUCCUGCCGGUAAGCGGCGGCCGCAGCCGGAGGAGCGGGUUGCCCGUCCCUUUCCCGAGCUGCGUGUGGUAAGACAAAGGCGGAUUCCAUGUCUUUUCUUGUAAGUAAACCCGAACGGAUUAGGCGGUGGGUGUCUGAAAAGUUCAUUGUUGAGGGCUUAAGAGAGUUCGAGUUGUUUGGAGAGCAGCCUCCGGGUGACUCUCGGAGAAAAACAAAUGAGGCGAGCUCCGAGUCGAUAGCUUCUGCCCCUAAGAGGGACACCAUGAGCAACUUCCUACCUGACAGCAGCUGCUAUGAGUUGCUCACUAUCAUAGGAAGAGGCUUUGAAGACUUGAUGGUUGUGAACCUGGCCAGGUAUAAACCCACAGGAGAGUACGUUACAGUCAGAAGAGUCAACUUGGAGGCCUGCACCAAUGAAAUGGUCACCUUCUUGCAGGGGGAGCUUCACGUUUCCAAGCUCUUCAACCACCCCAACAUUGUGCCAUACAAAGCCACAUUCAUUGCUGACAACGAGCUCUGGGUAGUGACAUCUUUCAUGGCCUAUGGUUCUGCAAAAGAUCUGAUCUGUACCCAUUUCAUGGAUGGGAUGAGUGAACUGGCCAUUGCAUAUAUCCUUCAGGGAGUACUGAAAGCACUUGACUACAUCCACCAUAUGGGCUAUGUACAUAGGAGUGUUAAAGCCAGCCAUAUCCUGAUCUCUGUAGAUGGGAAGGUUUACCUCUCUGGCCUGAGGAGUAAUCUAAGUAUGAUCAACCACGGGCAGCGGCUCAAAGUUGUUCAUGACUUCCCCAAAUACAGCAUCAAAGUCUUGCCUUGGCUCAGUCCUGAAGUCUUGCAGCAGAACCUCCAAGGUUAUGAUGCAAAAUCUGACAUUUACAGUGUGGGGAUAACAGCCUGUGAGCUGGCAAAUGGACAUGUCCCCUUUAAAGACAUGCCUUCUACUCAGAUGCUCCUGGAGAAGCUGAAUGGGACUGUUCCCUGCCUGCUAGACACCACCACAAUUCCUGCUGAUGAGCUGACCAUGAAAACCUCCCGUUCAAGUGCUAAUUAUGGGAUGGGUGAGAGCAUGGCUGUUAGCAACGUGAGAGCAGCCAAUGGAGAGCCAACCCUGCACCCUUACCUUCGGACCUUCUCCACCUACUUCCACAACUUCGUAGAGCAGUGCCUCCAGCGGAACCCUGACUUCAGGCCAAGUGCAGGUGCUCUGCUGAAUCAUCCCUUUUUCAAGCAGAUCAAACGCCGCGCUUCUGAAGCGCUCCCGGAGCUGCUGCGUCCUGUCACCCCCAUCACCAACUUCGAAGGAACCCGGCCCCAGGAUCCCAGUGGCAUUUUUGGGCUGGUGUCGAACCUGGAGCAGCUGGAGGUGGAUGACUGGGAAUUCUAGAAGAACAGGGACUACGCCUGGUUCCAGAGGAGCUUUCUGGACGUUGUAAUUUAUUGGUUCCGUUCAUAAAAGGUGAUGAAUGUUACGUGUAGGAGAGUUUACAGGUCCUUGGGAAGGAACUGAACUGCCUGUUUACUGUAGUAGCCUGGAAACAAAUGGACAGACCUGAGCUGGGAAAGGAUCAACCCCAAGGAACUGUGGAGUGUUCCAGAUGGUGCAGUGGCCAGAGCCCUAGCUGGUGCAGCUGAGCUCUGGUAGAUCACUUGAAUGGGUUGAGUGAGUCUGUGUGGUUAGUCUCUAUUUAUGUUUUUCUACAAAUCACUGGCUUCACGUCACAGCUGAGGGCUGCAUGUCCCUACCCUCUUAGGUUCUUUCUCUUUUAAGGGUGCCUUCGAGUGAAGGGGAGGCAGGCAGCUCCUAGUUUUGGGCAUUCUCUUAGAGCUAGUCAGAUUACUGUUACAGUGUUGUCACAGGGUAAGUUUGGUGGGGGGAGAAAGAAGAAAGAGGUUCUGAAAUUCAGUCACUGCUUUGUGAUGGAAAAUGAGAUCAAAGACAACCCCAGCCCAUUCCAGGCACACUCACUGCACUGGCAUUCCUCUGCAGCACUGGAUUCUUCCAGUUCUGGAAAGAGCUUUAGAAGAAACUCCUUUCACUUGAUGCUGAGCACUCUGAACUCCAGGUCAGGGCAUUCCAGCCUCUCCUCCCAUGGCUGCCUGGAUCACCGAAGUCAGUGUGGACACCUGUGCCAUGAACCAGCUUUUUUUAUGCCCUUCUCUGCACAACCAGCUGAGCCUCCUUUUUAGCUGGGCUAGUUUCACACACAGCAUGUAACAUUCAUACCAGCUCAUCCUCAGUGACUUGCCCUGGCAUGGAAGAAAAUAAAUUGACUUGGAGGCUAAAUCCUCUUGUUCACAACUCCUCUUUGAACAUCAUGUACAGAAUUGACCUUAUGCCUUCCAUUAUUGCUGGUCUGCCUUCCCCAACUGCCUGACAGGUAAAAGCUUCUCAUGUGGUUCCCCUGGAUUCCUGGCUGUGUGACUCUGCCCUGCUGCUGUGGCAGCUCUCCCCUAUUCCAUGAUGUUUGGGGUUUUUUUUUUGAGGUGUAUUUAAGGCUUUUUUUAAAGUUUGACCCUUGCAAGGACCAUGGGUGCUGAAUGUCUUUCUCCACUUGAGCACUGAGAAUCCAGUCCUGGAAGUGUGGUUGAUGGGAUAGUGGUGCUGGCAACAGGUCCUUUGUGUGUUUUAUAAACUGUACUUGAACCCAGAGAAAGUUUGUUACUCUAGUUUUUUGC